CCUCUGCCUCCCUAUCCCGUCCCCCUUCCACUGGCCCUCCCCUCUGCCUCCCUCUUUCCCCCCGCUACCACCACUCACGGGCCGAUCGCUCUGCCUCCUCCCAUCCCCGCCAAUAGCCCCUCCCACACCGUUUGUCUAAGGCGCGCCUGCGCAAUGGGCCUGGCCUGGCGCCGGCUCCGAGGCCUGUUCCUGGCGGUGGGGAGUGUUACGCGGCCCGGCGGCACUAGCAGUGGGGGUGGUGUCAGCCUACCUGAAGUCAUGAGCAAAAACAAGAUCCCGGAUAGAUGGCAGAAAUAUUCUGCUGUGGGACGCCGGCUUCCGGGGACAAGAUUCAUCGCCUUUAAAGUCCCUCUGAAGCAGAUAUUCAAAAGGCAGCUGCAACCUGAGGAAUUCUUCUCACCGACUGACCUCCUCAGACAAAUCAAAGAACAGAGGGAGGAAUUGGGGAAAAUCAUUGACCUUACCUUUACAAAACGUUACUAUGAUCCUCAGGAGCUGCCAAAAAGUUUGGUCUACGAGAAAAUUUUCACUGCUGGACAUGAAGUGCCAAAUGCAAAAACCAUCUUGACGUUUAAACAAGCUGUACAAAAAUUCUUGUCAGAUAACAAGGAUAAUGAUAAACUGGUUGGAGUUCAUUGCACUCAUGGAGUUAACAGAACUGGCUAUCUAAUUUGCAGGUACUUGAUCGAUGUGGAUGGGAUGGACCCUCAACAUGCAAUCAACUUGUUCAGUCAAUCCCGAGGAUGCCAGAUAGAAAGACAGAAUUACAUACAGGAUCUUCUGCAGGGGCCACACAGGAGCAAAGGGAUUGGUGCACCGGGCCUGAAGCAGAAGGCAUCUUACAGCCAGCAGCCCAAGUUCAAGCAGAAAGAGAGACUUCUUAAAGGAGAAUGCCCCAAACGCAAUGAUUUUCGUAGGUUCAGCCAAUUACCAUACCCACCAAGACAGCCUGCAAGCCCCUUCCAGUCUAUGCAGCAACCUAAAAGACGAGGGCUCGGGACUGGUACUGUGAGCCAAACGAUUCAGUACAAUGGAGAAACCAAGUUAUCUUUCAAUCACGAUUAUGCAAAACAGGAAUUGUCCCUAAGGAAUUGUCAAACUGAGGUUCCACAGUGGGGCGGUCAGCCGGAUGCUUGGUGGUGGGGCGGUCAGCCAGAUGCCUGGCGGUGGGGCGGUCAGCCGGACACCUGGCGGUGGAACAGUCAGCCACAGUGGCAGCACCAGAAUUAUCAGCACCCUGUACAUGCUGGAAGGGGUAACAAAGGCUGGAAGCUAAAUUUUGGUACUCAGGCCAAAUUGAACGUACAUCUACGGUGGGACAACUGAAAUGUGAAUUGUGGAUAUUUCAGUAAUUGUAAUUUGCUAUGUGUGAACACAUUUCGCAUCACUAUUUUAUAAAGGCUGCUUUCGUUAUGAAGCAUUUUUUGACAUGAAAUGGAGCAGCUGAAUGGGAGCUGGUCUGGGUUUGAGAUCAGUGUUCCAGUAGUUCUCCUCAGUUGAUACCAGGCACUGUUGAAUGUCAUGUCUAAGGGUCUUCCUUCAUUUCCUGAGACCACUGCACUGUGCUAGUAACGGUCCUGCCCCCGUGUUAGCCAGAUCAAAAUUUUCAUGUCUCAUAGCCACAUUUGUUUACAAUUAUACUCAGCAAGUUCAAGGUUGGGGAUGGGGGUUGCAGAGUGAACAUGUCGUGCAGUCAGCUUACUCAAAGUGAUGGACAGUUUUGUCAUUUCCCAGCUUACCAACUGGUUUCUUACAGUGGCAGUGCACUGCAAAGUUAUUUGCAUUAUAUUUAGGUUCAGGGACGAUGUAUGAUCUCCCAUGAGGUUUCACCUGGGCAGUCAGAAAGUCAUGUACCAAAGUUGUUGAAUAUUAUAUUUGAAACUGGAUAUCCCUUUAAAUUGUUUCUUUUAAAUGAUUUAAUUCUCACUGCAGUCAGCCCAGCUUAAAAUCUAUCUAACUUCGCUAAAUCUACUGAUUUCGACUGCUUAUGGACAGUGGCAGUGAUGGGGAAAACAGUCAGAGCCACAUUUCUGAUCAGCAUCUUCUGGCAGCUAUGGAGGUCAGGCUUAGCUCUGUGCAUUGCCCAUGUAAGUGGGACAGCCUGCUGACCACCCCUCACCCCCCCCAGUGCGCGCGCGCGCGCGCACGCACGCACACACACACACACACACACACACACACACACACACACUCUCACACACACACACACUCUCUCACACACACUCUCUCUCACACACACACACACACACACACACACACACACACACACA